AUGAACUCUAAUAUAAAUAAUAUAUUUGUAUCAUUACCAGAUAUAUUGAUACUACAUAUCAUUGAUCAUAUGGAGACUAUAGAUAGAAUAUGCUUUGUAUUGGUAUGCAAGAGAUGGUGGGAUAGAAUAACCAAGAUUAUGAGAUUUGUUAUCCCACCUCAUGUGUUGACAUCAAAGGAGCGAUACUCUGUUGCAUCUUCAUCUUCCUUUUCAUCGACUUCCACCUCUUCUGUCACCAUUCCAUCUUCUUCCAUCAAACCACUCUCCAAUCAACUACUCACAUUUGUAUAUUUAAAUUCCUUUAAAGAAGUGUUGGAAAGGUCGACUACCAACAGUUUUAUUCUGGAAGAGAUAACAGAUGACAUUCCGAGGGACACUGGUAUAACGCAUUUGUAUCUCUCCAAAUCGUUGAAUAAACCAAUACCACCCAUGAAAAUACCUCCAAGUGUCCAGUACAUUGAUUUGGGACAUCUCUUUGAUCAACCAUUGUCGGUGGGUGUACUGCCACCGAAUCUAGUGACACUCAAGGUUAGUUACAAUUUUGCACAUCGAUUGGAGCCGGGUGAUCUACCGGCAUCUCUGCAACGUUUGGAGCUUGGCGGACUCUACAACCAUCCUUUGGAGCUUGGAUUGCUUCCAAAGGGGUUGAAAAAGGUGAUCCUAAGUGAUUGCUAUAAUCACCCUAUCGAAGAGCCAGGUAUCAUCCCCGAGGGUGUAGUCUAUUGUUUCUUGGGAUUCAAAUUCAACAAACAUAUCCCCGCCGGUGUUUUACCCAACUCUGUACAGUCGCUAAAGCUGCCCUUCCAAAUGGAGAGCGAGUUGGUGCCAGGCAGCGUUCCUCCCAAUUGCACGUUGCUAUCGAUUGGAAGAAUGUACGAUUCGCCAAUAGACGAGGGAAUCAUACCAGACACUGUCACCAAUCUCAGAAUAGCACCUCAAACCCUAGUCAUUGGCGAAACAAUUACUUUGCCACCACGACUAACUCAUCUUAGAUGUUCGUUUGUGUCGCAGCCCAUUACACCCUCUCUCAUCCCGCCAACAGUCACUCAUUUGGUCAUUGAUGAAAUUUCGACUGCUCUUCCAGUCGGUGGUAUCCCCAACUCUGUGGAAUAUUUGACCAUCAACUCUGAAUUCCCGAGUCUGGAAAGUGGUUCGUUGCCGCAGAAUCUAAGACAACUCAUUCUCGAGUCGUACAACCACCCAAUCGAGGAAGAAGUACUGCCAAACUCUUUGCAAACACUCGAACUUCACCAAUACAACUACCCACUGCCACAACUACCGCAGUCAUUGACUAAACUUCAUCUAUCGAAUCGUGUCUAUUCGUCCGAACUCAAUCUUCCACCAUCCAUCAAACAUUUUACCAUUAGAUCCGAAAUUAUCAAGCUGUCAAGCAUCCAACUCCCAGUCAAUCUUGAACAAUUGGGUGUAUUUUACGACUUUAAUUCCUCACUACCAAUAUCAAAAAUUCUAAAUACCCACAUCAACAAACUAACAGUCAUUAUAAAGAAUAGAUUUGGCUUUGGACAAUUGACCUACGAUAUCAGACAAUUGAAUCAAUCCCAUAUCCUAUUUGUUGAAGAUUCAAAAAUGCUCAUUGCUGGAAUGAUCCCAACUAAAAAUGAUAUUGAUGUUUUGGGUUCUUUUAUAGGUCCAAAAACUUACGAUAUAUCAAAUAACUAUUCUCUAAGAGAGUCUUAA